AUGGCUGGCAUACGUCACCUUAUAAUAUUUUUUCUUCUAUUUGAUCUGUCCAUUGGUAUAAACAUCCGUGAUCAAUCCUCUCAACUUUCUGAACGAAUUGAUUGUUUCCCUGAAUCUGAAUCGAUAUUUUCUAAUUAUUCGAAAGAUAAAUGCUUGGAACGUAACUGUCUAUUCGAUGAUUGGGUUCCUUCAGAUACUAUUCAAUGUUAUUUGCGACCCAAUUAUGGAUACAUAUUGAGAGAAAAUCCACAACAAACUGAAAAUGGUAUUCGAUUACGAUUGCAAAGAAAUCAAGCAGUUGGUAGUAUGUUUCCAGCACCUAUUGAAAAUAUUGUACUUGAUGUACAACAUUAUACCAAUGAUAUAAUUCGAUUCAGAUUAUAUGAUGAAGACAAUCAACGAUAUGAGGUACCAAUUCCAUUGUCAUCAGCAUCUAGUCAAGUUUCAUCAGCUCAAUAUGAAUUUCAUCAUUGGUCUGAUCCUUUACGUGAUAAUAUUCUUUCAUUUUCAAUCAAACGUCAAUCGAAUCAAGCUACAUUAUUUGAUACAUCACUUGGUAGUCUUAUACUUAAUGAUCAAUUUCUUCAAAUAGUAACACGUCUUCAAUCACCACAUAUUUAUGGAUUUGGUGAAAAUAGUCAUGAUACAUUGAAGCAUAAUGUUAAUGAACGUAAAACAUGGGGUAUCUUUGCACGUGAUCAAGGUACUCAUUGGGGUUCAAAUGCAAAUCAAUAUAGAUCCCAUCCAUUUUAUCUUGUUAUGGAACAAACAAUCGAUUCUAAUUAA